CAGAUAGCUUCCGGCAGCGUACUUUCCCAGCGGAAGACCGAGCGCAACGAGUGCGUACAGCACCGCGCAGCCUGGCAGGACAGGACGUGUCGCUUGAUUGUGAUUGAUUGUCAACCGAGGUGGAGCGUGCCUAGCCUAGCCCAGACAAGAAAUCACAAUGACACGAUCGUACCGUCGGUUUGCAUUGGCUGCAAUACUUCUGCUAACGCUACACCAAACGCUCGGUGAACUGCAACGCGCUGCCACAGUAGCGAAAUCGAUUGGCAAAGCGCGGAGUGAAUCUUCGCCAAGGGUUGCGCAAGGGCACGGAUCGAACGAACGCCCGGAGCGGGUACGGGCACAGCUGGCCGGUGGAUUCAUCGACGAUGCGACGGUGCAUAAAAACGGUGGCGCAGCUCAAAGGCGCCCGCACGCUAGCGGCACUGAUCAUCCACGAUCACGGGCUCCGUCGGCUGCCGGAAGUAGACGGAAGAUGCCUGUCCACGGUACGAGCGGCCCGAUUCACACUUACAUAAAAACGGACAAAAAUGCCAACUUCAAGUGGGGUGUGCGGCAUUUCGUGGGGGCAAAGUACGCCCGAUGAGCGCCGAGGCGGGGCGAGCGAAGCGAUUGUCAAUUAGCAAAGGCGGUACACGAUUAGCUAACUUGUAGCAAAUGGGUAAUUUAAUAUGUUUAGGGUAAAACUACGAUGUAGUUUUGGAUGAAAUUAUGCGUUAAACCGGGUAUAAUCGAGGUGAAAAUAAACAAUUUCGUUCCGGUAGUAAGGCGGUGCGGCCGUAAUCUGGCACGUUGUGAUGGGCGGUCAUCAAGGAAAGGAAGUUAUACUUACCAAAGUAUUUGGUUUUACAUUUAAAUUUAUUAGUCUUGACAUUUUCCAUGAUAUAAAAUAUUAGUAAAGGUAUUACAGACAUUAAAAUGAUUUGACAAAAACUUCAUUUGUAGUUAUUUACAGUUUACAUUUUGCAGUUGUUAAACUGUUUAAUUAACAAGAAAAGUGUAAAGAUAUACAAUUGCCGAUAUCGAUGACUUAUUAGCAAUAAAACUAUUUCUGGCGAUUAUCUAUUGGUUCUCCUCAGUUGACCUCUACUCAGCAUAAGAGCUUUUAAGGCAUUGGGAUAAUGUAUACACUGAUAAUGAGAUCUGGACAUACGUUGAACAAAGCUUAUACUAUUUCAGCAUACUUUUAGCACGUAAACGUGACGAAUUUGAAUAUAAAUGAUCAAAAUGUGUACUGAAAUGCUUUGUUAGAAUAGAUAAUACUACAAAUUGUUCCCAAGAAUGCAAACCGAGAAGAAACUGCGAAUCUUGAAUUUCCCCGUAAGGCGAAUUAUACAGUUUCCUACCAUAAUAGUACCAAUUUUCGGGUAAAUUUGCUUGAAGUAAUACGUUUUAGCCACUGAAUAUUUUAUUUAAGAAGAAUAUCAGAAAUUAUUAUUUCAAUUUUGAACCUUAUUGAAUGAUUGAUAAAAUUCGACAAAUAGAUACAUUUUACAUUUGAUAUAUCAAGCCCAAACAAUUUAUUCUAACAACUAUUAAAUUUAAAAGCCCGUCUAACUAAGGGAUUGCCUGUAUAAUUUAUAAGAUUGCAAAUGUUUAUGAGAUCAUUUGACAUUUCAUUCAAUUCAUUGUCAAUUGUAAAUUGCUAUGCUAGCCAUUUCAUGUAUUUUUUUUUUACUUUUUACAGUAUUGACUUUUUACGGUAUACAGUAAGCCACAACCUAAGACAGAAGCGUACGAAAAAAAAGAAUUUAAUCGAGCACUAAUAUUAUUUAACAUCUGUUUGGUUGCUCUAAUGUUUACAACAUUGCCUCAUUUUUAUGUCACUUUUAAUUACAAUUUUCCCAACGCAAUCUGAACGUAUCAUUCGAUUUAUGAUGCAUGUACACCUCACGCUACUUCCUUUCAGUCAGUUUCACUCUCACCUCACUGUGGCGUUCAGGGGGUUUACGCUUCCUUAAUUGAAUGCCGGCACAGCUGUAUCUGUGCAAUAAAAAUCACGUCCCGCUCCGACUCCGAAUCGCCCGAUCGCCGGACCAGCAUUGCCACCGUCCCGCAUAGAUGCAGCAUGUAUGCAAAUGAGCCGCACAAAUAACUCGUUUCCGUGAGCCGGCCAAAUCACACCGUUUCCCACGGCAGCGGCUCAGCUCGGACAGCUCGCGGUAAAAAGGGAUAGCCCAGUGAUACCUCUGUCCGCGUCCAUAGCUGAUGUACACACAAAAGGGAAGAAAUAACACAUUCACACACACGGAAAAAAACGCAAACACCCAAAUCCAAGAUGUCCCAAGUGGUCGAAAAGUAGCCAGUCCAGUUUUCCACCCCAGCCGAUUUUUUUGGGUUGCAUUUUCCGCGCCACCCAGAAGACCGGUUUGGACAGACGAGUACCCGUCCGCCCGGGGGCCUUCCUCACCCUUUCCGCAGUGCCGUACGGGACAGUUCCAUUCGACCAUCCCGUCUCGGACUGGGCUGAAAGGGGGACAAGGGAAACGAGAGGCGGGUAAAAUUUGGUGGCCCGAAACUGGAAAGGUCAUCAACGAAUUUUCGGUACCGAGCUGGGCAGGAAAGGGUUGUAAAAGGGAAUAACACUGACGAGCAAAUUUACGCGAGCCCGGUUGCGUUUGUGACGCUUUGAAUAGAGCAAGGGAUUAGAGAUCGUCCGUCGGAACGCAAAGGGGAGGACAGUGCGGCCGGUUUUGGGACGGAUCCUAGCAUCUUAGGCUAAGGCUAAGACAGAAUAAACAUUUGUUUUGAUUUGAUUAUCAAGAGCAAUGUUCAAUUGCAAGCGUUUUUUUAU